ACCCACGAGAAGAAGCCCCGUGAAUCUCUGCUCUGUGCAGAAUUUGCAAAGGCUAUUCAUUACAUUAACAAGAGCCUAUCUGAUGACAAGUGUCUAAAAUUUCUGCACAUGGAUCUGAGUAAUCUUUUUCGAAGGAAAGGCACCAAUGUGCUUGCACUGUUGAGCAAGGUGGCAUCAGAUGUGUUGGAUCUAACUGAAUUCCUCCACUGUGAAAUAAGUACAUCAACAAAAUUUGAUGACAUCUCAAGGUAGUGAUAUUUUUUCCUUAAUAAUGCACAAGUUCAAGUUGCCAAGUGAUAGGAAAGUAAUAGUGAAGCUAAGUUCGUCAAUUUCCUUAAAGAAGAACCUCCACUGGAAUUUAUUUUAUGACGUACUUUCUCUAAAUAUUUAUGCCAAAUUCAUAUGUUAGAGAUCACAAUUAUUUUUUGUACAUUUGUAAGUGCUUGUUUUUCAGUUCUAAUACCCUUUAUCCUUUCAUUGCAGUGAAGAAAAAACUGUUGCCAAAUCACGUGAUGACAGAAGUAGCAGAGAUCAAACUGAAUGUGCAGCUAAGUUGGUACCUCUUUUAUUACAGAAGGGUGUCCUCAGGACAAAUUGUAUAGACUGCUUGGAUCGCACAAAUGUUGCACAAUUUUCAUAUGGUUUAGCUGCUUUAGGGCGUCAACUUCAUGCACUGGGACUUGCUGAAGCACAUAAAAUUGAAUUGCAUGAUCCUCUGGUUGAUUAUCUGAUGGAUUUCUAUGAACGGAUGGGUGAUACAUUAGCUAUUCAGUAUGGUGGCUCUGCUGCUCACAACAAGGUAUGUCUCGUUAUAUUAGCUUACUCUGGAAACGUGUUCUACAUUUUUCACUACUGAAAGGCUUCUUUCUUUUAUAAGGUUGUGCUUCUUUCUUUUGUGAAUAUACAACAACAACAAUAAAGCCUUUUAGUCCCAAACAAGCUUUAGGCAUGUGAAAUCAUGAAUAGUUGUUUUCCAUGUAUUCCUAUUCAAGGCUAAACCUUUGGUAUAUUACAUCCUUUUACGUCUCUUUUUACUGUCUCUUUCCAUAUCAACUUGGUACGAUCUCUACUCCUUAGGUUGUAUGAGUGGCGGGUGGUAGAGCGCAGGCUGGAAGAACGGGGGCGAGAGGAUGCCGUGCUGUCGCACGGUUGGGAACGAGAGGAAAGGAAAUAAUCUCUUCUUUAGAUUAAUUGCUCGCUAACCAUCAUGGUUACAGAGAUAGGACUUAUAUAGUCCCUGACAGAAACAAACUCCAUAUCCUAACAAACUCCCUCUAACAACUCCUUAUUUCUAGGACUUGUCUAAUAUGUAACAAACUCCAUAUCCUAACAAACUCCCUCUAACAACUCCUUAUUUUCGACUUUCCCUACUUGCUUCUUAAUAUAAUCAUGUGCAGCUCUCCUGCGCGUCCGAGAAAAAAACCCUGCUCUUAUUAUGUAUUUUUUGUGUGCAAAAUCUCAGCAAUCUUUUUCUGGUUGUAAAUAUGGUUUUGAAUACUACUUUUUUCUUUGGCAAGUAUAAGACUUAGAUUCGAUAUAAGAGGUAAAUGGUUUGACUAAUCCAAUUGACUGGAGCUAAAUGAUUGGUAGCCAAUCCACACACUUCUUGUGUCAUCGCUCUCUAAAGGGAAAAGAUUGUUUCACAGUGCCAUUUUGAGUGAAGAGGAAUAACGUAACUAGAUAUUUUCUAAAGCCGGAUUAUUUCAUACUGAAUUUUGUUUCCCUUAAAUUGAGGUUAUGAGGAAAAACCAUGGAUAUCCUGAACAGACGUGAACAAUACACCGCAUAGGGCUAGGCAAAAAACCCGUAACCUCAAUGUUGUUUGUUUGAUUGUAUAUACCUGCUCAUGCUUUAAUUCAUUUGAUCUUCAUAAAAGUUUGAUUUUUCUGAAAUAUAAGAACUGCACAGUUCUACUAGCAUUUGUUCCUGUAUAGAUAACUUUCUAUUGUAUUCUUGAAGCCAUUUGCUGUCAUCUCUUGGUCAUACAUAUGAAAUCCUUUCAUCUUCUCAUGCUUUUCAAAUCUUUUCAUCUUCUCGAGCUCUUAAAUUCAUUUGAUCUUCAUGAAACUGAAAGACUGAAACUGUCUGUUAUUUUUAUUUCAUGGCCUUGGUGAUUCGAAGUCAUUUGCUUCUACCUCCUCUCACGCAUAUGAACUAUUUGUUUGUUUCUUAUCAUGGUUGUGCUUUGGUGUCCUGAAUGAUGACUGCCAAUGUUCGCAGUCGCAGCAUAUGUUCUUGUAGGUUGAAUAGAAGAGUAGAAGCACCAAGCUGUACCAAUGGGGCGUGGAAAAGUAGAGCUGAAGAAGAUUGAGAAUCCAACAAACCGCCAAGUUACCUUCUCCAAGAGGCGGAUGGGGUUGUUCAAGAAGGCAAACGAGCUAGCCAUUCUUUGUGAUGCGCAAAUCGGAGUCAUCAUAUUCUCUGGCAGUGGCAGGAUGUACGAGUACUCCAGCCCUCCAUGGAGAAUAGCAAGCGUCUUUGACAGGUACCUGAAAGCCCCUAGCACCCGUUUCGAGGAGAUGGACAUCCAGCAGAAAAUCGUCCAAGAGAUGACUAGGAUGAAAGAUGAGAGGAACAGGCUGAGGAUGAUCAUGGCGCAGUACAUGGCGGAGGACCUGGCCUCGUUCUCCGCGCAGGAUCUGAGCAACCUUGAGCAGCAGAUCGAGUUCUCGCUGUACAAAGUUCGCCUCAGGAAGCAAGAGCUACUCGAUCAGCAGCUGCUCGAGAUCCGCCAAAGGGAGAUGCACAUGCCAGCAGAGCAGAGCGGCUACCUGUGCCUCAUGAACCCGGCUGCGGCUAUUGCUAGCGGGCAGCACCAGCAGGCUGGCGAGAUGGUGGGAAUUAACCCGAGGCCGUUCCCGUGGUGGGACGUGGGAGCCAGUGGCAGUGGCAGCCAGAGCCAGCAGCUGCUGCUGCACGGCCGGGACGCCGCGGAGUCGUCGAUGACGGCGCUGGGGCUGUCGCCGCAGAUGCACGGGUACAGGCUCCAGCCGCGGCAGCCCAACCUGCAGCAGGACGCCGACAUUCAUCGCUGGCUGUGGUAAGCUGCUGCCGCCUGUGCCUGGACACUCAUUUGCUGUUGACUGUUGUGGCUGAGGAAGUGAGGAGCGCGUUCUCAAAUCUCAACUCUGACGGAUGACGGGGAUGGUGUUGAUGCCUGCAGAUUUGCUUUGGUCGUGGGUGUGCGUCCUCAACGAGACGAGACGACGCUGAACGUGCAGCUCCUCCGCUUGCGACCUGUUCAUUCUAGAGUCUUUGAUCAUGACCUGCCCCCAUAAUGAAACCGCCAGUAGUCGUGAAUAUCUCCUUCUCUAAUCUAAGAUUGGACCUAAGAGGGACAUAUGAAGAUGUGGUCGGAAAUCCAUAUAAUAUAGAGUCUAUCCGUCGCCUGUCGCCUCAGCCAACAUGCCCUGCUGAAAAUAAACUUUACUGGAGCUGGCUUGUGCUGGGAGCUCGGUUGUCAUCGCUUUGAUCUGUGUUGAGGUGCCGUGAACGAGCAGAAGCAGCAGGUACUACCGAAGCAACGGUAGGAGCAGGACGGCAUAGCACCUUUGCUCUGUUGCUUUUGUGCUGCCAAACUGCCACCUGUUUGGUUUAGCUUUUAUGAUAACCUGGCUGUGGGAAUAAUGUAGGUAUCGUCGAGAUUACUUGUGAAGAAAGACGAAGAUUUUCAUAACGUUUGGAAUCUAGAAAAUGACGGAUUAUUAUUAUUGCAACAACUCGGUCGAUUAUAUGUUUAUAUUGAUUUUUGGAUGAUUUUUACCAAAUCGAAUCUUAUAAAAGCGAACUGAAAAGUUGAGCGUUUGGCGGUCCGCGGCAUUUUUUUAUGGCCAGAAGCUAAAAAAAAUGAAGCAAACAUGGCCAUUAUUAGAGUGAAUUUUAAGCAAACAGGGUCAUUAGUAACAUAGCUUAGGUUCUGAGUUUAGUCCAUUAUGAGAGUGAAUUUUAAACUGAGAUUGAAAAAUCUUUUCGCCUAUCGCAUAUUAAAGCACAGAUCUAAGGCUAGAGCUUAGAUGUGGCCGUUCUUAUACCUUGUGUCCUAUAACCUAAC